UCCGCAACGCGUCGUCACACGUAUCGCGCCGGCCGGUCGACCACGACCGUGCAACCACACAGUCCGUCAACGCGUAUGCCGCCGCCGUGUACUCCCGCGAGUGUUAGCCGUCCGGUGUCCGACCACAAUAAUAAUAUCAUCAUCAUAACAAUAAAUGAUAAUCAAUCGUGAUAUACGUUACAUCGGUCGUCAGUGAAUUUUUCCGUUUUCUUUAUCCGUCGGAUUUUUAUUUCGUUUUUCCUUCACCGUUUCCAGCCGUCCCGAGACACCGUUCACAAACGCUCGGCCUUUGACCAUCACAGUUAGACGCGUCCGGGGAUACCCCGCUGGUAUGAAUAAUUAUUGACGACGACGACGGGAUAGCAGCGACGCGAGACACGACACAACUCUAGUCAACAGACAUGCGAAUGACGACGUACGGCAACGGCGACGGUCGACCAGCGGCGACAUGUUGAUGCACCAUGUCAAGGCAUGGACGCUCUAAACAAUACGGUCCGGAACCGCCGCCGGCGGCCGUCUACACCAAGCCGCCGCCGCCGGUGCACGGCAACAACACGUACAACGGCCGCGCACAUCACCAUUACCAGCAGCAGUCACAACAGCAACAGCACCAGCAACUGCUGUUGCAACAGCAAUUUUACGGCACGCAGCAACAGUCAAACGCAGUGGUCGGAUCUAGGCCCCCGUCGAGCAGUCAUCACCAUCACUCGUUGCCCAGAAAUGCCUGGAGCGCAGACAGACAUUCUCCGGCAGCCGGCGGAUCUUCGUCGAACAGCUCGAACGACCGGGCGUACGCCACCCGCCGGACAAAGCACCAUCGGGUGUACAACAGCCAUCGGCAGACGUCUCGUGGCCACCACAAGAGUGGUGGCGGCGGCGGCGGCGGGGGGGCCACCACGGACCCGGACGCCUUGUCGUCGGUGACCACGGCCGGCAUCAAGUACAACCCGCUGCAGCAACCUCCCCCCCAACAGUUGAACCACCAAUCACUGCACCAACUGCACCACCAGCAGCAACUGCAGCACCACCACCGGCCGCAGAUGGCACCUGCUUGGCCACCGACUGAACCGCCGCCGUCGGCCGUUCACCAUCACCAGCAGCAACAGCAGCAGCCGGCCACUGCCGCGCAAUACUUGCCGCAGCCGCCACCGCCACAGUUACCUCCACAGAACACCGCGGCCGCGGUUUUGAGGCACCACCACCAGCCACCGGCGGCAGUGCCACUGUUGCUGCCCUCGUGCGACGUGGCCGUCGACGCCUGCGGCGGCCACUGUCCGAGGUUCGAAAACUUUUGCCAUUUCUGCUUGUUGGUGUUUUAUUUCGCGGGCAUCACGGUGGGCUUCCUGUUGAUCAUGGCGGCCGUCGUGUCCACCCGGGAUCCGCGGUUCCUCUACAUCGGCGGCCUGGUGCUGCCGGUCAGCGCGUUCCUGAUGGCCGUCCAGUGCCGGGUGCGGCAGGACGCCGACCGCCGGAAGCGGAACAGGCAGCUGAACGGCCGGCACCACCACAGGUCGAACGCGGGCGCCCUGAUGGUGAUCAACAACAACAACAGCGGCGGCGGCAACCAACACAACGGCGGCGGCGGCGGCGUCGUCGUCGGUCAACAGUCGGGCCCGGCCGCCGGCGCCGAGACCAUACCGCUGCAGAACAUCGCGAUGGCGCCCGCCGGCGGUGCCGAUAACGGCGGCACGCUUCGCCGGCAGUUUCAGGGCAACGUCUACCAGUACGUGGGCCAGAGGGACGGCGACAGCGAGGCCAACUAUAACGCGGCCAACGGCCAUCACUACGAUACGACGUCCGAAAUACAGCAAAUCGAAGGAGUGCCGUGGUGGAGACGAGAAGACAACAGACCGUAUCACAACCGCGCCCCUUAUCCGUAACCAACCGACACUGCACACACCACAGAUAUGUAUAAUAAACUAGAUUGCUAACUGCUGCAUCCUAUCAAUGUGUUUAGUUGAAGCAGACAGCAGCCAUUUAAUUCGAGGCCUAUGGGCUUUAUCACGGCCUUAGAUUUGUUUGAUAAGGAAGCCGAUAAAAAAAAUAAAUAAUUAAAUUAUAAAACAAAUUUUUAUUGCACGUUAUUUUUCUUAUUUAAACAAAUUUUGUAUCUAAAUAUCAAUAACAAUUUUUAACAUAGUUUAUUCAGAUAGGUUAACAAUUUUUACAUGUUAUAAAAUAAAAUGGUUUUACUGAGUUUCUGUCGUUUACUAGCAGUUUUCAUAAUCGAGGAUGUUAUUAUUUUACUGUAAGAAUAUAAUCUCACGUUAAGAUAGGUUCUGGUUACUUUGUUUAUAAUAUCGAUUUUGUGAGGUCUUGCCAAUAAAUCUGUUGAAUUCCAGCAAGCAUCACAUUUUGGAAAUAGCGUGGUGUCUGUCGCCAGUGAGUUUUGGACAUUUAUCAUAAUUUUUAAAUCCAUAUUUUUAAUAAACAUUUGUUUUUUAUCCACCAUAAUGGUUUUAAAUAAUGUUUCUGUCAAUUUAACAAUUUUGUAUACCCCAUAAGAAGCAUACUUCAAACCGCCUCUGUUUUUCAUAAUUGUAAAAUAUUUUGGUGUGGUAUUAUUUUGAUAAACGUGAUCAUUUUCAAUGUAUGGAUCUGUAAUAGCUUCAAUACAACCAUCACAUUUCAAAGUUGGGAUUAGUUUUUUAACAAUAUAUCCACUUAUGUAAUAUAAUAUAUUUUCAAUAGUGAUGCUAUUAAAAUCUAAUUUAUUGUACUGUUCUGCUAACAAUGAAAUAUCAAAUUCAUUUUCUAAAUUUUGUUCUGGUGCUUUAUAUUUCCAUUUGAUUGAAAAAAGAGAAUCUUCAUGAGGUGACAUCAGUGUACAGUUUCCUGAGCUAAGUCUUAUUGAAGUGUGCAAUAAAGUACUUUUUAGAGCAUGUUUGAAUUGCAAACAGGUAGGAUUAUUAUUAUGACCCAAUCGACCUCUCAUAAAUCCAAAAAAAAUUUCUAUUGCAUCUUGGCUUAAUUUGUAUGUCAGAAUAAAUUUAAAAUGUUGAUUUAUUAACAAAUCCUUUGCUAUAGCUAUAGUAGAUUUUAUGGAUGCAGCAAAACCUAAUAUGAAUGUUUUUCUUUUACUUUUCCACAGAUCUUGCCCAGUAGCUGUCUUCAGUGAAUACAAAUAGUCAAUAUUAUUUUUCAUUUUUGUUUCUAAGUAUUGAAUAUUUUGUUUAUUAAUUGGUUGUUUAAAGCCUUUUGCAUAUGGGUUUCUGGAAUUCAAGAAAUCAAAAAUCUCAUCUACAACCCUGAUGAAUCUUAUUGUUGCAUCACAAUUUUCAAAAUCUUUUGAGGUCUUGGAUAGAAAUUGUAGAGAGUCUGCGACGGAACUGCUAAGUGUUUGAACUGCUAACUUUACCUUCAUACUAUUGCUUUUCCAAUUUAUAUGUGAAGAGUUUAUCUUGUUUGCCAAUUUAAAGCCCAUGUCGUUUUGCAGUUCAAAUAAUUUAUGAAUAUAUCUCCAUUCAAUAAGACUGUUGUUUGAAUCUUUAAAUACUCCUAGUGUUCCCAAAGCAUUCCUAGCUAAUUUAACAUUAUGGCAUGCAUCAGGUGUGAAAUAAACAUUAGCUUUAGUUGAAGUUAUCGAAAAAUCAGACUUGAUAAAAUCAAAAGGUUGGUCUAGAUCACAUCCUAGAGUUUUAAAAGUUGAAGAAUUAGCAUAUGCUCCAUCACAGGUGACUGCCACAACAUUAAUCCCAAAUUUAUCACAUUGGGUAAUAGCAAUCCUAAUUAAUUGAGCUUGUACAUUUGAUUUAAUUUUAUCUACAAACCAAUACCCAAUUGGCCAUUUCCAUUUUUGUUUUAAGCUAGACAACAUAAAAACUAAAACCUCCGUUGACUCUUUUUCACAGUCUUCAACUGUCAAACUAUUACCAUAGUCACAAUAACCAACAAACCUUAAAAAAUUUUAAUUUAUAAAUUUAUAUCUAGUUAUAAUAUAUUCAACUAUGAAUAAUAUUUUCUAAUAAUACAUACAUAUGACUAACUUUAUCCCACUGAACUGAUUUUUUAAUACUCAUGGAGUCUAAUAUCAAACAACAAAAUUUGUCUUCUUUGGGAAAUUUACCUAUUUCUAAUAGGACAUCUUGUAAAAUACCAGUUUCAGCAUUUAUAUUUGAUACCCAAUUUCGUAUAGCACUUGGAUUAGGCAAAGAAAUUGAAGUCCUUUAAAUUACAAUUUAUUUUUCAAAAUUACAAUUUCUGUAACUCAAAUAUAUAAUUGUUUCAGUUAUUGAGGAUAUAUACCUACCUAACAUAGUUAUAUGCUUUUGGAGAAUAAAAAUAAAGUGUAGUUGCAAACUUUUUUACUUCUUCGCUGUAUCGCCUUGCAGUAGGAGCCACAUUACCAUUAUUUAUAAUAUCUUUUAAAAAAACCUCAGUAAAAUUUUUUUCAAUUAUAUUAGUAGUUUCUCUAUCAGUACAGGAUCCAAUAGUAGACAUCAAUUGCUGAUAAGAAUAAUUUUUAUUAAUAAAAAUUACAAUAUAGUUUAUUAAUA